AUGCUAAUUUGUUAGAUUGAAAAUCAUGAUGAGAGCUAGAUUUUAGGUUGUUGCAUAAAAUAGGACUGUCAACAUCUUAGACCUUAUUGUUAAUAUUGUAUGACUUCUUUACAUUCUGAUCACUUUCAAUAAUUAAAGAGCUUUAAGUAAUUAAAUUAAUGGAUAUUCUAAAAAAUGAAAUCGUAUGAUUAAUUAAUGAAUAUUAUUCAACAAAUAAGAAUCUCAAUAAAUACUAUUUAUGACAUAGUAAAUCCACUUUAUGUUUAAUCAUUCGACAAUGUGUAAUAAUUAUCCUAAAAUUAUCUUAAUGAGUAAAUUACUAAAGUAAUCAAGAUUGAAUUAAUAGAAGGAACGGGAGGUUUGAUUGUAAAUUUGAAUGAAUUGAAUGAGAGAUUAAAUAAUCUAUGUUGUAAAUUUAAAAAUUUUAAGUCAAUUCCUAUUUCAUAAACCAAUUUUCUAGAAAAUAUAGGUUAGAAUAGAUAAUAUAAUUCAAAUAGUUUAAUAAGAACAUAAAUCUUUCAAUAAAAUUAAGAAAUACCUGAAAAAUUAUCUAUUUUAUUUUCAUCAGAUUAUAAACAUAGAACAAUAGAACUAGAAAACAAUUGUAAAAAAGCAAUCAAUUCUUGUGUUGGAUGGAAAAUUGCUAUUUGUGAACCCAAAAUUCCAAAAAAAAGUUGCCCUAUUUAUUUUUCCUUUAAAAUUAUAAAUGCUAGUGCAUCUGAUAUAGGUGUUUGUCAUAAAAAUAAAAUAAUUUAAACUAAUUACUAGCCUGAUUUAUAAAAGAAUUAAGCACAUGGGUAUAUAAAUAUCAAUAUAGCUAGAGCUUAUCUUAUCAAUCAAUACGGUUAUGUUUACUCUAAUUUAAAUCCUAAUAUUAAUAAUAAAGAAUUAUCAUUUAAAUUUUACAAUAAUGAUAUUAUUUCAGUUGAAAUAAACUAUCAGAAAUAAAUAAUAAUGUGGAGAAAUUAGAAUAAACAGAAUUAAUUUGUAAUAAUUUAUUAUAUUUAUAAAAGUCGAUGUAAUUUGAUGUUGAAGAUGAUUUAUAUCCAUGUGUUGGAAUUAACUACGGAGAAAUCAUAACAAUAUUGUAUACUUGA